AACAGCGGGCAUCGAACUGCCAACCGAGCGCUCGUUCGUUUGCUCCUCGCUCCAUUUGAAGCAAAGUUCGUCGCUGCAGUUCCGUUUAAAUUUUAGAAGUCACGCUCACGAAAUUCCACUAGAUAAGUCGCUGUUUCCGUGGAGAGGGGGAAAUCAAGUUAGUGUACGGCGGAUGUGUUUUUUCUGGCUUGCUCGAUAGACUUUGUUUAUUGUUUAUAUUUUGCGCUUCGGUAUAAAAGCAAUUUCUCGAAUGCAAAAAGACACCAUUAUUGCCGCUUAGGUGGCUCCUAGCAGAUUUCGUUCUAAUUCUACGCGAGUGUUUUGAUAAAAUCGAGCUUUGUUAUUUAAUUGAGGUGUUCUCGAGUGCAUCGAAAGGAUGAAUCAAUUCGUGUUCAGUGUGUGUUGUGUUUUGCUGUGCGUAACGGUGCUUUCAUUGCCAGCGCCACAGAAUUUGGGAGCAGGAUCAGCAGGUCAGGACGUGAAAGUACUGCAAUAUUACAAUCAGAACAAUGGACUCGACGGAUAUAAAUUUUUCUACGAAUUGAGCGAUGGUCAGGUCCGAAAGGAGGAAGGCACAUUCGUUGACGGUAAGGAUGCCGCGGGUGGGGACGUGAAAAUACUGCACGUGAUAGGAGCGUACUCGUUCAUUGCUCCCGAUCAGCAAACCUACUGGGUGAAUUUCACUGCUGACGAAAAUGGCUACCACCCGAAAGUUGGUUCAGGUACGGUCGGAGGAAUUCAACCAGGUCGAGAUCUUUUCAGCCAGUAAAUAUUUUCAGUCGGUUCCGAAUAACACUGUUUUGGCAAGUUAAAGGCAGAUUCCUUAUA